AGCAAAUCGGCAGGCAUGCCGCUCGUCCUGUACUACAACAUAAUAUCUCCGCCCUGUCGAGUGGUGUUGUUGUUUGCGAAAUGGUUGAAGCUCGAGCUAAACCUUAUCGAGCUGGAUGUGCUGAAGCGCGAGCACUACAAGCCCGAAUUUCUCAAGUUAAAUCCCCAGCACUACAUCCCCACGCUGGUGGACGGUGACGUGGUGGUGUGGGAAUCCAGCGCCAUCCUGAUCUACCUGGCCGAGAAGUACGCGCAGGACGACACGCUCUACCCAAAGGACAUUGCGCAGCGCGCGAAAGUUAACCAACGGUUGUUCUACGACAUCGGCACGCUGAUGCGAAGUGUCACCGCCUACUACCAUCCCAUCCUGAUGGGAGGCGAAGGCAAGCUGGAGGACUUUAAAAAGGUAGAGGAUGCCGUAGCGGUACUCGAUCGGUUCCUGAACGGCAGCCGGUGGGCUGCUGGGGAGCAUAUAACUGUGGCGGAUUUUGCGACAGCCGUCACGAUCGCUGCCCUGGAUGGGUUGCUUAACUUUGACUUUAGCGUCUACCCAAACGUACACCGAUGGUACGAGCAAUGCAAGCGAGACCUGGUGGGAUACACCGACAUCACAAAGGAAGCCACCCAAAAGACCCAAGCGUUUCUGGAACGAUUUCGAACCAUGCGUGCCAGCGAGCUGCAGUCCCAUGCCCAACCGGAACAGCAAUACACGGAGUUGCGACCGCCAAACCGGCGAGAAAGGAUUUAUGAGCCCAUGGGAGCCGUUGCUGCGAAAGGAGCUGAACUUGGGAAGGAUAUGGACGAUGCGCGCGAAAUGGCCACUCACGAUUAACGUGCUCUAUUGCUACCGAUACGACCGAUUGAUAGAUCAAUUGGACCCGGCAAC